AGGCCUAGCGGCAUUAUAUCAGGCGACUCUCAAAGCCUGGCUUUUCAUCACACGUGGGAGUGGCGAAAGCCGAAGAGUCGGCGUUAGACAGACGCAAUUCCUGGUAGUCGGAGCUUGUAACUAGUUCAUUUGGGCUGUUAUCCGAGGAGGUCAGGAGCGGCCAAGCGGAAAGCCCUCUGAUCAUAAGACCCCCCUAGGCGGGAAAUCCCAGCCAAUUUUGAGAGGAGGAAGCGGGCGAUGCCCUGCGUAGAAUAAUAAUUAGCCACUUCAUAGCCUGUUAAUUUCAUUGCUCAUUCUUGUAGAGUAAAUAUUCUACCCCCCCUUUCCCUAGCAUUGUUUUUUUUUUUAAUUGUACCUUCCUACCUAAUUAGGCUGCCUCCAAUCUCUGGUGCUAAAAGUUUCAGCUCGGUUAGAGCCAUGGGGAAUGGGAUGAACAAGAGAGAAUGAAGGCUUGGGGCCUGACAAUCCUUUCUUGGGAGACUGUUCCCCUGCAGAGGUGCCACCAUGGAAAAGGCCAUGCUUCUUGUAGCUGCCGGUCAUAUCUCAUUUGAGAAUGAUACUUCCUGGCUUGUUCCUUGGAAAUUUUAAAGAUGCUCGUGAUGUGGAACAACUGAAAAGGAAUAACAUAACCCAUAUUCUUUCAAUCCAUGAUAGCGCUCGGCCUAUGCUUGAGGGAUUCAAAUAUCUGUGCAUCCCUGCUGCAGAUUCACCCUCGCAGAAUUUGACCGGACACUUCAAAGAAAGUAUUGCAUUUAUACAUGAAUGCCGACUUAGAGGUGAGGGCUGCCUGGUUCACUGCCUGGCUGGAGUUUCCAGGAGCGCUACCCUGGUUGUGGCUUACAUCAUGACUGUCACAGAUUUGGGUUGGGAAGACGCACUUUCCGUGGUGCGAGCCUCAAGAUCAUGUGCCAAUCCAAACACAGGCUUCCAGCGGCAGCUAGAAGAGUUUGAGAAAAAGGACGUUGCUCAUUUCAGAGAAUGGCUCCGAGCAGAAUAUGGCGAAAACCCCUUGCAAGACCAACAAGAAGCCCAAAGGCUUGUGCUGAAAUACAGAGCGGAUGUGGCAGCUCAGUCAAGUGGUUCAGGAAGGCAGUGGAAUGAUAACUUUGCAUCGGUGGCCUCUUUUGUCAAUGACUGCACCUCAGUAGGGGCAACUAAUACGGAGCUCCAUCAAUGAAAGCAAGAAUAUGCAAUUUUUCAAUGGAUACAUUCAAAUGUCACGACAAAUCAUAUGGUUUAGUACAGUGGGAAUAAGCUUAGCUGAACUUUGGGCUCAUGCAUUUUUUUCCUGCUAGCUGUGGUCACAGGGAGGGUUUACCAUUAAUCAUCAUUUACCAUUACAUCCAAACCCUCAGCUGUUGUUAAUCUUAACGAUAAUGGUUGUUGUGGGUUUUUCAGGUUCUUUGGCCAUGUUCUGAAGGUUUUUCUUCCUGACGUUUUGCCAGUC